GAGUCGAAUCUAGCUAGACCCUUGCAGAGCAGAGGGAGAGGGAGGGAGUUUGGAGUGUUAUAGAGAGAGAGAGAGGGGGGAGUCCAAACAAACAACGUUAACUUCCGCCUGUUCUCCGCCGCGACGCCACACAUCGAUCAAUAUAUUAUUGUUAUCUCACCCGCAAUCGCACCACCGCAAAACACCACUCCGGGUUUAGGGUUGCGAUUGCCGGCCCCAAAAUUUCAGCCCAGCCCAGCCCAGCCCUGAAUCAACCAUCUUCCGCAUCCCAUUAUUUAAGGACCGGUCGCAUCUCCACCAGUGAUUCAUCAGUCCCGCGAUUCCUCACUGCUGCUCCAGUUUGGAAAUCAUCUUUUGUUUCUCAGAAUUCUCGUUGCAUCAACAUCGUCGAUCCACUCCACUCCCUGUGUUGUUUAAGUGACUUGUGAGGUUUUGUACCGGACGCCGGACGGCCAAUCAACUCCUACUGGCUACUACUCUUUCCUCGAAUUAGAGGCACGUUGCGGCCCCGGAGGUACGAGCGUUCCUGUUUCCAGUUACGGGAUACUACUUACAAAAAAUUCAAGCACCUUCUACAGUUGAGCAUUAUUUCAGAUAUGAUGAAUAGAGUUCAAAGGCUAUUGAUUCAGGUCCUAACAGAGCCCCAAAAGGGUGGACAGUCGCUGCUUGGAACUAUUAAGAUUGCUAUUUUGCCUAUAGCAAAAGUAUUUACCUUGUGUUUCUUGGGAUUUCUGAUGGCCUCCAAAUAUGUAAAUAUUUUACCUGCUAAUGGAAGAAAGCUGUUAAAUGGGCUAGUAUUCUCGCUUCUGCUCCCUUGUUUGAUAUUCUCUCAACUGGGAGAGGCCAUAACUUUUCAGAACUUGAUUGAAUGGUGGUUCAUUCCUGUGAAUGUUCUCCUGGCCACCAUAUCAGGCUCCAUUAUAGGUCUUAUUGUGGCUUCAAUUGUCCACCCACCAUAUCCAUUCUUCAAGUUUACUAUAGUACAAAUUGGAAUAGGGAAUAUUGGAAAUGUUCCACUUGUGUUGAUUGCAGCACUUUGUCGAGAUAAGACAAAUCCGUUUGGUGAGAAAUGCUCUCAAAAUGGAAAUGCAUAUAUCUCAUUUGGCCAAUGGGUUGGUGCUAUUGUCUUGUAUACCUAUGUUUUUCACAUGCUUGCCCCACCUCCUGGUGGAACAUUUGAUGUUGAUGAUGAAAAUCUAUCUAUGAAGAAUCAUACAAGAAAUAAUUCCAAUUCGCUCACAAAAGAUAAUUCUCCCGAGCAACUUCCUCUACUUGCAGAGGAGGCUAUUCGAAACCAUGCAAGCAUCACAAGGAAAGAAAAGGUCAAAGAUUUUUUAAAAUAUAUUUAUGAAAAGUUGAAGCUCAAGCAAAUCAUCCAGCCUCCUAUUAUUGCUUCGAUUAUUGCGAUAGUACUAGGAUGCAUUCCUUCUUUGAAGAAAUUAGUCUUCACUUCAGAUGCUCCCCUCUACUUUUUCACUGACAGUUGUAUGAUUCUUGGGGACGCAAUGAUCCCAUGCAUAUUACUGGCUUUAGGAGGCAACCUUGUGGAUGGGCCCGGAAGUUCAAAACUUGGGGCACGCACAACUGCAGCGAUUAUUUUUGGCCGAUUGCUCUUGGUUCCACCUACUGGACUAGGUAUUGUCAUGCUGGCUGAUAAGAUGGGCUUUUUACCCCCUGAUGACAAAAUGUUCAGAUUUGUGCUCUUGCUCCAGCACACAAUGCCUACUUCCGUUCUGUCAGGUGCCGUUGCCAAUCUGCGAGGAUGCGGGAGGGAUGCAGCAGCUGUACUGUUCUGGGUUCAUAUUUUUGCUGUUUUCUCGAUGGCUGGUUGGAUUAUUCUCUAUCUCAACAUUCUAUUUUGAAUGUAUAAUGGAAAGACAGCUGUUUUGUGUUGUCUUUAUGGCGAGUGCUAGUAUAAGAUAGUACGUACAUCCAGGAGACGGCGGGGUGGCUGGGGUGCAAUUGGUUCGUUCGUAGAGACUACUUUGUAUAUGCAAUAAUGUAAAGCAAGUAUGGUUCGCAUUUUUCUUUGUACGCUCAUGCUGUCUUUCAACUCUCUACGUAAUUAAAUCAAGCUUGUUCUGAAUCUGAUCUUUAUGGGGUUUGAUUGAAUAAAAUUUCCAUUAUUUUCAUACUA